AAGAUCAAAUGGCUCUUGAAGCUGUGGUAUAUCCACAAGACUUCUUUGGUUAUAGUGGCAAAGAAAUGUACAAUUUGUUAGGAGGGAAUUGGAGCUGUGAUGGCUUUGGUGGUGUGGAAGAAAGAGAGGAAGAGAAAGUGGUCCCCUUUGAUCAUUUUCCUCAGAACCAAACGGAAAAUUACUACUAUGAUGCAAAUUGGGUUCCUACACAUCCAUCAAUGGUGCCACAUUUGGAGUUGUCACACAUGGGUUCUAUGGUAAUUUCCGAGGAGUUCCCACAAUUGGACGCCUCUGCCUCUGCCUCUGGUUCACCACCAACCGUGCCAGCUCCUCCGACUAGGAUACGACGUCGUUCCAAGAGCAGAAAGAACCAGGAAGAGAUUGAGAACCAGAGAAUGACCCACAUUGCCGUUGAGCGUAAUCGGAGGAAACAAAUGAACGAGUACCUAGGCGUCCUCCGUUCACUCAUGCCGGAUUCUUACGUACCAAGAGGUGAUCAAGCAUCGAUCAUUGGUGGUGCCAUUAACUACGUUAAGGAGCUGGAGCAACGCCUACAAUGCCUUGUAGGCCACAAGCACAUGAACCACAACUUCGAGGCUACUUCUUCUUCUCCUCCUCCUCCUUUUGCUGAUUUCUUCACAUUCCCACAGUACUCCACCACCGGGACGUGUGAAAAUCCGGUGACAGCGAAUGAUCUGACGGCUGAGAACCGGUCUGCCAUAGCUGACAUUGAAGUGACAAUGGUGGAGACUCAUGCCAACCUGAAAAUAAGGUCGAAGAGGCGACCGAAGCAGCUCUUGAAGGUUGUGUCUGGGCUGCAAAGCCUCAGGCUCACUAUCCUUCAUCUUAAUGUCACAACUGUUGGUCAAAUUGUCCUCUAUUGUUUCAGUGUCAAGGUAGAAGAUGACUGCAAGCUGAUUUCAGUGGGAGAAAUAGCCACUGCUGUGAAUGAGAUGCUAGGUAGGAUUCAGGAAGAGGCUCUCUUGAUUUAGAAAAACCCUAAUUUGCCCUAUUGUAAUUGGAACUUUUUUUUUUUUUGACCAUCAUUUAGCAUAUAUAUGUGACAUAUGGUCAAUCUUUUCUCUUGAUUUUUAUGAUCACUGUACUUUGGAAAUUGCUUAUUGCAACCAAUGUCUCCACCAUUAA